AUGGCUAUUGAAGGUGUGGCCAUUGAAGGAGUGAUUGAGACUGGGCGUGAGAGAAAGAUUUCCUCAAGAGGGGAUAUCAUAGUUCUAAGAGAAGGUCAGUCUUGGGCAGCGGCCGGGUAUAAAGGGUAUCCCUUGGGUGGUUCUGUGCUUAUCAAAUGGCGGAUUUGUGUGGAAGAAGAAGAAGAAAAAUGCAAAGCGGGAGCGAUCCCUGAAAUUCCUCUUGAGGAUGCAAUUGCAAAGAGAUCACUUGGUCUUAAGGUCAUGUGUUCUUUCAACGGCUUACUUUGCUUGGCUCCAGAGAAGGAUCUACAUCCUAUUGUGAUCUAUAAUCCAAUAACGAAGGUAUACAGAGUUUGGCCUAAAACCAAGGCCACUAAAACGAUAGUAGAGUUUCAUCAAAUCGGUUUGGGUUUUGAUCCUUCAACCAACAAGUACAAGGUAGUUAGAAUAUAUAACUGCAGAGACGAAGGUGGGUGCAGGUUGGCUUCCGCCUGUGAAGUUAUUACAUCCGGAGAAAUUUCAUGGAGGAAAAUAGUUGUCCUAGCUGACACUGAUAGAGUACUCUUCAGCGGUAGUCAAGGACCAGUUGUUCACAAUGGUUCAAUUUAUUGGACCAUUGUCAGGACAUGUCACCCCUUCGACAGAGAAUUGAUUCUUCGUUUUGACAUAAGGAAGGAAGUGUUUCAGGCAAUCUGUUUUUAUCCAUAUAUAAAGGCUCCUCCUGAUCAAUGUAGGUAUCGUGCUCGUAAUUUGCAGUUACAGAUUUUGGGACAGGGUUUGUUCUUACUUGAUCAUGAUGGCGAGUUUUUGCAUUCAUGGAGAUUGACACUGCUUGAUAGCGUGGAUGGCACCAUGUUUCGGUAUAAUAACUCAGUGAAGAUGAAGUUCCCAAAGCGUGGAUGGCAUUGGUAUAUUCAGUCCUUUGUUUGUAUGCCAAGUCCAGGGAAAUUCUUGCUGGAGAGAGUUGAGUCCGAAAGGGCCGGAAGUCAUCAAGAUCUCAAGCUUGUUUAUUAUUCUUCUGAGCAUGGUAAAUUCUUGAAAUUAAAGGUUUCGGGGCUCCCGGAGUGGUAUAGAUCUAGGUGUUUUAAACCCAGUCUCCUUCCUGUUGAAGGGGUUUUUCCCACUCACUUGUGA